GGUACAAGAGGAGGCAAAGGAUGGUAGUUUUUUUUCUGCGUUUGAGGAGGCUGUCCCUAAAUUGUUGAGUACAUAAGAGGCUCCCUGUGUGCGACCCUCUCAGCAUUCAAGACCAGAGUGUGAGGGGAUCCAACUAUUCUGCCUUUCAGCUCAGCAGAGCUCAUCUUACUACUUCAACUCUACUGUCUUAAUCAUCCCCCUGUUGCUGACUGCCGGCCUGAUUCCCGCGGAACUUAACAGGAUCAGAAGAGGCUGCUGAGUGUUUAUCGAGUGGUGGAGCAGUCAGAGGCAGCCAGAGUCAUCAUGGCCAUGUCCCAGGAGCGGAGUGCGUGUCUGGGGCUCUGGGUGCUCCUUUUGCUUGGUGCAGGCAUGGAGGAAGUUGUGGAGGGAUGUAGCUGCCACCCAGCACACCCACAGCAGCUGUUCUGCAGCGCUGAGAUCGUGAUAAGGGCAAAGAUCUCUGGAGAGAAGAUUGUGUCGCCUAGCAACAGCUCCUCACCUUACAUGAAGAUGAUCCAAUACGAAAUCAAAAUGAUCAAGAUGUUCAAAGGUUUUGACAAGGCCAAGGAUAUCCAGUAUGUGUAUACUCCAGUCUUCUCCUCACUGUGUGGAGUCAAACUGGACUCCAACAAUAAAGCAGGGUAUCUGCUCUCAGGAAGUAUGUGGAGUGAUGGGAGAAUUUCUAUUGGCCAGUGUGACCUAGUAGAGUCCUGGGACAACUUAUCACUGUCACAAAAGAAGAAUCUCAACUACAGAUACCAGAUGGGCUGUGAAUGCAGAAUCAACACCUGUUACACAGUGCCGUGUGCGUCUACAGGAGAAAACGAGUGCUUGUGGACUGACUGGCUGCUGGAUAACAGCCUAAAUGGGGAGCAGGCACGGCAGUACGCCUGUAUCCGCCGCUCUGACACAACCUGUAGCUGGUACCGGGGUGGACCUCCACCUGAGAAAGACUUCCUAGACAUUACUGACCCUUGACCUGUAAUUCAGACAUUCAUUUUACUCCAUUUCACUCCUGCAAAGUCCCAAGAAACAUUUCCUGCUUUUGCUUAUGUAGCUCAAAUUUGGUGUGCAAAGUAGCAACUGAUUUCAUUGAUAAAUCUUUUACAUUUGAAGGAGCUUAACCCAACUUUGAGCUUCUGUUAGCAGAGUUCAGAUGGUUGCUACAGCAAUGCUAGGGAUCAUUUUUAUAAACUGCAGGGGCUUUCAGCAUUCCUCUGAGUCAUUUUCUCACUCUCACAAAUUCCACUUCACUUGCUGUUUUCCACAGAAUAAGAAUAGCAGCAGACCAUCCACAGCGAAUUAUUCACCCCAGAGUGAAUCUUUUCUUCAUUUCUGAUGGCCUGAUGGUAAAUACAUAACCUUGACAAAUACUGCAGACCUCAUAUUUGUUUAUGCACAACUUACAAUAGGUUAUGUAGUAAUUUAGGUUAUGCAUUUACUGAAAGAAGUAUAAGGAAGUUGGACAUCCACUGUAAAGCAACAGGAGGAAAACAGUAGAAAAAAGCUGCCAACUUCAUUCACAAUCAACAUUGCAUUGCAAAGUGUACUUUACAUACAGUAAACAAAUCGUCUGUACACUAAAUUCUUGCAGGUAGACUGCAGCACUGCCACCUUUCCCCCCACACAUUCUGGUGUUGAAUUUUUACCUUUAUAUAUUAUCGAAUAACUGUCCCAUGCAAAUGAAAAUGUGCUGUAUAUAUGUCGAACAAAGCAACACCAGACAUUCCCCAUUUAAUUAUAUUUUGACAAAAUCUGACACAUCAAUUAUAUAUGACCAUAAUUCUUGUACCUCUAAAUCAUCACAGUUUAUACUCUCAAAUUGCUGCAAAUGUAAAUAUUGUACUUCAUUGAGAAUUAACAUUUUAAAGGCUAACCAGAUCUUGUCUUAUAGCAUAGAUGUUGCUAUCUUGUGGUUUUGUGUGUUUAGUUUCCUUGGUUGAACUCUGUACUAUUUUCUGUGCCAAAAAUCUAAUCCAGCGCUUUAACAACAGCACUGCCACCUGUAGACGCCAAGCCACCUCUCCUUAGAGGAAACGAUGUAACAGGACACGGUUCAAUUCACUUUUUUUUUUAACUCCUUAAAAACAAGAAGUAGAUUCUUCUCAACGCUCAAGUUCAAGAAAAAAAUCUUUGGCACAAGACCUUAACCAACAAAAAGAGAAAUAACUGAUAUUCAUGAAUGAGCUAUAAUUAGUGAUUUAAUUAUUAUUUUAUAGGCAUUAUUUAAUAUAAUGAUUCAACAUUUAUUAAAAGACCCAAAUAUGAAUUGACCCCUGUCUUGUUACUGAACUACUUCACUGAAGUUAUACAGAUUAUAAUGCGUUAUCACUUGCUAUCUUCAUGCAUGAGCCUCUAUUUAAAGAUCAUAUUAGGGUUAUUUUCAACAACAAAAUAUUUAAAUUUAAUCUGCACAAUGCAGUAAUUUGAUAUGUUUUAAUAGUAUUUUGAAAUAUGUUAAUAAUUAAAUUUCGACUUUCAUGAUAUAAUCAUGAUAUGAUAAUAAUGCAUAAUAACUGUAUGGCUUUAGUGAAGCGUUAUCAAACUAUUUCACGUUUGUUUUAUACUGAAAUAAUUGUUUGGGUUUGUAUUUAUGUCUCUGUGUUUCUGUCUAAAUAGAGUUUUCUAUUUCCAUGUACCAAAAAAGAUUGUAUAUAAAAUGUCUCAAUGGUAUAGCGUGA